AUGACGCCAAAGAAAACACAGCCAAAAUCAUCAUCAUCGACCAUGCCCUUGAAAGAGGCGUUUUCAUCAUUCAUUCUGAAAUCUUCAGAAAAUUCCAAUCAUCAUCGGAGCAGUAUGAAUAAUGGAAGGUCGCCCGAGGAGAUACAGAGAAGAGCUUUGGCUCUAUCGAGUUUGCUCCGAGAGGAAGAGGAGAAUGAAGAAGAACAUACUCAUGGUUCAUCAUCAAAUCAUCAUGAUGAUAAUCAAGUAGAUAAUUUAAUGGAUGAAAAUAUUAUUCGGAAUUUGUUGGACAACUUGAUGGAAGAUGAGGACGAUGAUGAUGAAGUUCUGAAUGAUGACUUUUUUGUGGAGGAAUCAAGCGAUAGUGCAGAUGAAGGAUUAUCGCCUUCUACAGAAGAGAAACAGUCAAGAUCAAAUUCCUAUCAAGCACUAGGUGAUGCCGAUGAUGAAGAUGCGGAUUGGAAUGGAGAGAGCACUGAUGAGGAAGAGGAUUGGCAAGCCUUUCAAGAAAUUUGUUGUCAUUCCGAUGAUGAAGGAGAAGAAGACAUGCACGAAAGACCAACUUUGAAAUCAACUCAACACAAUAGCAAUUUUAAUAAUCAUGGAUAUAACGCAACGACAAGUAGUAGCACUGGUUUAAGACAUCUAGAAACUAACAAAUCUAUUGGACCUAGUCCAAAGCCAACAUCUUUAGCUUUAAAAGCAGUUCGACUGAAACAUAAAUUGUCAAUGCUGAAACAAAGACGAAAUGGUCGGAAUAAUUCCACAACUCAUAGACAUUAUCCACAACAAGAUCAUUCUUCACCUAUUCACAAUUUCAACAAUUUUGAAAAUAAUUAUUCAUCGACAUCAAAAUCAACAGAGCUCAAUGGUCACUCAACAACUAUGGAAAAACCAAAGACAGAACACAAAACAAUUUUGCCACCAGAGAAUACUUUUAAAAAUUUUGAAAUUACUUCUAACAAUCAUUCCAAAUCAUCACACCAAAAAUCAUCCGAGCUUGAGGCAUUACCAUCAUCCAUUUCAUCUAAACACCAGCUUUCCAAACAAAGUACUAAAACAAUCUCCUCAAGCUCAACCAACGAUGACACUAAAAAGAAAAGCGAACAAAAAGAGACAGAAAAUUCAUCACAAUUCGAGUUCGAAGACCAUCACGAGAAAUCUUCUCAUAGUUCAGAAAAAUCUACAAACUCCAAGAAGAAUCGAAUGAGCGAUAACACUCUGUCAAAAACAGACGUAACUCAAAUUUCACAGAGUACCGUUUCAAGUCAAAUAUCCUCUUCCUCUUCACAGGAUAAUACAGAUUUUUCUCCGAAAUUAGCACACCAUUAUGAGAGCAAGGAUGACAAAAACAAUGCAUCCAAGACAGACCGAGCCGCAAAAACUGACAAGUCUUCCAAAAAACCAAAGAAACCCAAAAAGAGUUCCACCUCUGACAAGGACGAGAAUGAAGCUUCUGACGAAGAAAAGGCCUAUUAUGCAUGCUUGGAAUGUAAAGAAUCUCAUCGAAAAUGCAGUAGAACAUUACCAGCGUGCUCGAGAUGCAUCAAGAGAGGAUUUAAGUGUGAAUAUCCAGAGCCACCAAUUAGCCCUAAAAGAAAAACAUCGGCCAUAACGCCGAAAGACAAAAAAGAAAAGAAACGAAAAUCAGAAGAAAAGAAUGAGGUGUCAUCGCCCACCACCAAAAAGAAAUCAAGCUCUAGCGAUACAGAACCAUCUCCAAAGAAGAAAAAGACCUCUAAAAAGUCCAGUAAGGAAAAAUCAUCGUCUACAGACACCUCACGAGCGAAUGACUCUGAUGAUGAUGUGAUAUUUGUUAAAGAGGAGAUUUCUAAACCUGCAAAACAAAAAACCAUCGAGUCGUUUUUCAAGAAAACCAAAUAG